AUUAACCGGCACCAAAUUGCAUAGAACAGGUUUGAGGAAUGAAAGGCACUUUGACAAAGAUCUGCAGAGCAGGAUUCCUGUCGUCUUUCAUUCUUAUGUCAUACGUUGCCAUGACAUCUUCAAUGACUUUUGAUUUAACUGAGUUAAGAAGUAAAAUUUCAAAGAGCAAGAUGAAUCCAAGGGGGAAUCUGUGGGCAACAGGGCAUUUCAUGGGCAAGAAAAGUCUUCCGGAUAGUUCCUUUAUGAAAUCUGCCUUUGAAGAUGUGAAUGUUCCCACUGAAGUCAGAGCUGUUAGUCCUCUGUACCGAGUGGAGGACCCGCAGGCACUGCUCAUUCAGAUUUUGAAAACUGCCACACAACGGAAAAAGGCUUUGGACAUAGGAGGAGGCGAUCCUGCUUGAAGAACAUUUCAACCAACACUAACAAUAUAAAAUCCUACUGAUGAAGAGGAUAGUUUUGAAGUCUUCUUGUGAAAAAACUGAGCCCUAACAUAAAUAUGUUGACGUUUUUUAAUGUGAUAUGUAAUAACAUUGUAAAUGAUGUGAUGCCAUUCCAUUUAUGUGAACCUAACAUGAAUGUAUAAGUGCCACCUGUUAAUAAACUAGUA